AUCAUACGGUCCAGAUCUCAUCCAUCUCCCCCGCCGCCCGGCCCAAAGGGAACGACGUCCCUCCCUUUCCUCUCCACUAGGCCUCAUGGCUCCCGCCGCCAACGCCGCCGUCACGCCGGAGUCGGAGAGCAAGACGCGGCAAGAUGCACAAGACAAGCGGUGGCUUCAAACCCUCUCAGAGCCCGAGCUCGGUUUGUUGAUCGGCCUCAAGGAGGUUGCCAUGACCCGGGCCUCCAACGCCGGCCAUCCUGACCUCGCCGACAAAGUCUUCCAUGUCCGCGCGCUGCGGGCUCUUGCGUUCGUUUUGCUGGGAGAGUUGAAAGAGCGACUAAGACAAGCCUCGGUUGAUACGAGUAUGUUGGAGAUGCUUGCCUUGCUAAAUGGCCAUGAUCCUGAGGAGGUGGUCAGGCCCCACCAAGAUGUGAUGCCACUGCCAAAUGGUAUCAACAAGAAACGGAAGCAGAUGCAGGAUGGGUGCGAUGGAGAGGACGCCCAGAAUCCAAAGAGACGAAAAGCAAUAGGAGAGGACUGAUUGAUAUCUGGAGCUGCCAAACCACAAGGGCUUCUUAAAUCUGACCAAGUGGAAGCGAACUCGAACUGAGCCCGCCGUUGUUGGAAUUGAAAUGGCUGUGUCCUGCCUGAUGGAUGUUAUUCUGACAUGGAAACCAGCCCUCCAUUCUCAGUGUAGCAGUUUUAGACGAAUUGGCAGCCAGACAUGCUUGUCAGUUUAUAGAGCUCAUUGUUAGUUCGGUUGAUUAAUGAUGGCAAUGAUACACAGUUAGGACUUGAUAGGGAAGAAUCUCGAUCCCGCUCCUUGUGUACUUUUGCUGAAAGAUGAGGACUGAGCCACUGAUCUCAGUCGCUUGGCCAUAUCCUGGGAACGCAAAUACCACCGGCUUACUCAUGCCUCCGAACAAAACAGAAAGGCAAAAUAGCCACUUUGGUUCCUUCAACUUUGCUCUAAGGACCAAGUUGGUCUCUCAACUUUCAAAAAGACCAAUUUGGUCCCUCAAUUUUUGUUUUUAGGUCAAAUUUGUCCCUAUGCUAAUGUGAUGCUCCAUAAUACCAUGAGAUAGAUGUGAAGAGUCAUUUUUA